AUGAGAAAUAAUUAAAUGAGAAUAGAGUUUUCAUUGCCUAAAUAAGAUAUCUUUAGCUUACCAUAAAGUAGGAAACAGGAAUAGAAAACUCUAUAAAGAAGGUUUUAUAGGCCUUAUAGAAACAAAAGUGUAUUUCCUGAAUUGAAUAGCACGAAUGCAUUGUAUUUGAGCAAAACUAGUCAAAAAUUUAGAUUAUCACACAAAGAAUGGUAAGAUGAGUUAUAAACUUGUCUCUAGAGUUAAUCAGUAAAUGAGUCAAAAAUAUAUUAGAUUCGUGGGGUUCCUAAUAAAAGCAAGGUUUCUUUAUAUAGUAGUAAAUCGGCCCAGAAUUUCUGUUUAUCAAGUUAAUUGUUUAGAAGACCUUAGGCAGAUUUAAAACCUUUAUUAGAGAUAUCAGCAUAAAAAUUAUUAUGA